GCAGGGUUUCUUACUUUUGUAACAUGACUUCCCUCUGUUUUUUUUAAUGUUUUUCAGAAAUGGAGCCAAGCUGUGUCAUUCAGUUUUAACCAGGCCAGAUAGCUAAACCUUUGGCACGAACAACCUUGGAGCAAGGCUAUGGUGUGACCUACUUGUCUGCCCGUGGCCUGUUGUAAGGGGUAACCCCUACUUGGCAGUUGAGGCAAGAGACUAUUGUGCAACAACAACAUGGCGAUGCAAGCAUCUCGGGGUGCGGAGGUGGAAGCAGAAGCAGAGGAAGAAACAUUUGGACCCAUGCCAAUUGCCAAACUAGAGGGCAAUGGAAUCAGCAACAAUGACCUGAAGAAGCUGGAGGAAGCUGGGUUCUUCACAGUGGAGGCUGUGGCAUUUGCUCCCAAGAAACAGCUGCUGGGGAUCAAGGGCAUCAGUGAAGCCAAGGCAGAGAAAAUCCUGACUGAGUCUGCCAAGUUGGUUCCUAUGGGUUUCACCACGGCCACUGAGUUCCACCAGAAGAGAUCUGAAAUCAUUCAGGUGACAACAGGAUCCAAGGAACUUGACAAGCUACUCCAAGGGGGUAUUGAGACAGGUUCUAUCACGGAGAUAUUUGGUGAGUUCCGAACCGGCAAGACGCAGCUGUGCCACACACUAGCCGUCACAUGUCAGUUGCCUAUUGAUAUGGGAGGAGGGGAAGGCAAAGCUAUGUACAUCGACACUGAGGGGACGUUCCGCCCAGAGAGACUGCUGGCAGUAGCCGAGAGGUAUGGGUUGUCGGGCAGUGAUGUUCUGGACAACGUGGCGUAUGCCCGGGCCUACAACAGUGACCACCAGUCUCAGCUGCUCAUACAGGCAGCGGCCAUGAUGGCGGAGUCCAGAUACGCCCUGCUGAUUGUGGACAGUGCCACAGCUUUGUACAGGACAGACUACUCCGGUCGCGGUGAGCUGUCCGCCCGACAGAUGCACUUGGCCAGGUUUCUCCGGAUGCUACUAAGGCUAGCUGAUGAGUUUGGAGUUGCUGUACUCAUCAGUAACCAGGUGGUAGCUCAGGUGGAUGGUGCAUCCAUGUUCACAGCUGACCCCAAGAAACCCAUCGGUGGAAAUAUCAUUGCUCACGCAUCCACAACAAGACUCUACUUGAGAAAGGGCCGAGGUGAGACACGGAUCUGUAAGAUCUAUGACUCUCCAUGUCUGCCAGAAGCGGAAGCCAUGUUUGCAAUCAAUGCUGAUGGAAUCGGAGAUGCUAAAGACUGAUGUUAUGAGAUGAGGCUGAAGAGGUGGAAGAUGAAUAGACAGCUGACGACAGUCGUAUCUCCCGCAUCUUCAGGAUUAAACCCAGUGCUGGAAGCCCUGUUGAUGACAUUUAAACUUGUGUCUUGUCAGAAGUGACAGGCAAUUUACACUUUGAAGAGUCAGCUCCAGAAAGAGUCCUAGGUACUGAGAUGAAAUCGCAUAACAGAAAAUGUUAUGUUCAAUUGGAAGUGGUUGGAUGAGGAAUAUCCUUUCAUUCUUGAUGUGAAAGAGAAUAUACUUAUCCUUGUGAUUACUGAACGUGUUGGCUUGUACCCGUUGUUGGUGUAUUGAAGUCAUAAAGUGUGUCAAUGAUGAUGUUCGACUAGAAAACCCCAUUCUCUUUCAGGGACCCCGUGAAGUCCAAGUAGUCCAUAGUUUAGUUCGGCCUUGUGGUGCACAUUACCUGACUAGUGUUUGGGGGAAAGCAUGUCCUUCCAGAUUGUCACUACUAUCGGACUAACAGACUAGUGAUAGUGCCUAACACUGUCAUUGCCAGUGUUUGAGGUGGAGGAGGUUCUUGGAGUGGAGAUCACGAAGCACGACCCGUGAAGAUCCGGGGUAGAAUAGGUCUUCAGCAACCCAUACUUGCUGUAAAAGGUGACCAUGCUUGUUGUAGGAGGCGACUAACAGGAUCGGGUGGUCGGACUCGCUGACUUGG